CACACACAGAAGAGAACGAAACAGAGCCGGUGGGUGAGAGCUCGGCAGCCGCUCCGUCCGUUGGUCGCCUCCUCUCUGACGGCUCACCCGGUGCUCGGGGCGGGAACGCAGGACUACAAAGGAGAUCAGAACUACUACCCCCAUCAUUGCUCCUCAUGUUGCUGCACGAGACCAGUGCCGGAGACCUCCUGACACGAGCCGCAGCUCAAGGAGACUUGGCUGAGGUGAAGAGACUUCUCUACCAGGAACGCAUCCAUCCCGACUGUCUGAACCACUUUGGGAGGACCGCCCUGCAGGUGAUGAUGUUUGGCAGUACACCGGUGGCAUCCGAGCUGCUGAAACAGGGGGCCAGCCCAAAUAUUCAGGACUCGUACGGCAUCUCCCCAGCUCACGACGCCGCCCGGAUGGGUUUCCUGGACACCCUGCAAGUCUUGGUCCAAUACGGAGCUGAUGUCAACACUCCUGAUGCCUCGGGCUGUCUCCCCGUCCACCUGGCUCUCCGAGAGGGUCAUAUUCCCGUCAUCGCCUACCUCGCCUCACGUUCCAACUUACAGCACCAGGACCGAGAGGGCAGGACCCCCCCGCAGCUCGCCUCCAUGUUGGAUCCUAACCUGGCGGCCGUUUUAGAACUGCAUAGGUAGAAAAGUAUAAUGUAUGGGACGGACAAGUGGCGCAGCGCCACUCAUUACACUAUGCGGUAUCAGACGCCUCGUGCCUCGCCGUAUGAUGUCACGUAUGUGAGCAGCCAGUACCACUCACCGGGCACCGGGACAGCGGCCAUUUUUACUGAUUUAAUAACAGUGUCACUUCCUAGUAGCCAGUAAAGCAGAUAUAACUGGCACCCAGUGAUCUGAUUGGUCAUUGGUCCUAAUAUGACGCCUGACUCGCAGUGCGCCCAACCGUGUCCUAUAGCUAUACAAACCGUACCUAGGUGUGCACCCUAAACCUCGGGGGGCAGGACUACAUCUCCCCUCACAGAAGUCUAAAUGCUAUGUGUAUGUGGCCGGUUAUGUGCAGUUUUUUUCUUAAUUCUCAGGUAAAAAUAACAUUUUUUUUUUUUUUUUUAUCUUUUUUUUUUAUUUUUUUUUUUAUUUUACUUAGUUUUAGAUUUUUUUUAUUUUGUUUCUUAGUUUACAAUUUUUUUAUUUUACAUUGUUUUAUUUUUUAUUUACAUUGUUUUGUUAUUUUACAUUGGUUUAUUUUUUAUUUUUUUCUGCGUUAUGUUUCCCUAUGCAAGUGCACUAAAGGGGUUGUGCAGCAAAAUAUUAUUGUGACCUUUCCUCAGGAUAGGUCAUCAAUAUCAGAUCAGCGGUGGUCCCGCCAAUUAUUAUUAUUUUUUUU